AGUUAAGGCCCCUCGGGCCUUUCGCGCCUCCUCCCCGCCCAUCGCCCCGCCCCGAACUGCCGGGAGGGGCUGGCCGAGAGUCCAGCAGCUGGUGGCUGGGGCCUCAGUGACUUCCUUGUUGUGAGCCCCGGCCCGGCAGUGUCCGGACUCGGAGCCCCGCUGUCCUUACCGGGACCGCUAGCCCGAAUCUAGGUCGCAGCCGCAACCCCAGCCGGUCGGUUCCCCUUUCAGCACAGGUCCUUUUCCCGCACGCCCCGCGCUCCCUAACAUGCCCAACCCCAGCAGCACCUCCUCUCCCCCCCCCCUCCCCGAGGACAUUAGGAACCUGUUGGCAGAUAUUGAAACAUUUGUAGAAGACACACUGAGAGGGGAAAAUUUAUCCAAGAAAGCAAAGGAAAAGAGAGAUUCCCUUAUUAAGAAGAUAAAAGAUAUAAAGUCUAUCUACCUUCAGGAAUUGCAAGACAAAGGUGAUGCAGAAGAUGGAGACGAAUAUGAUGACCCUUUUGCUGGGCCUCCAGACACUGUUUCAUUAGCCUCAGAAAGAUAUGAUAAAGAUGAUGAAGCCCCCUCUGAUGGAAACCAGUUUCCUCCAGUUGCAGCACAGGACCUUCCUUUUGUGUUAAAGGCUGGCUACCUUGAAAAACGCAGAAAAGAUCACAGCUUUCUGGGAUUUGAAUGGCAGAAGCGGUGGUGUGCUCUCAGCAGAACAGUGUUCUAUUAUUAUGGAAGUGAUAAAGACAAACAACAGAAAGGUGAAUUUGCAAUAGAUGGCUACAAUGUCAGAAUGAAUAACACCCUUAGGAAGGAUGGAAAGAAAGAUUGCUGUUUUGAAAUCUCUGCUCCUGAUAAACGUAUCUAUCAGUUCACAGCAGCUUCUCCCAAAGAUGCCGAAGAAUGGGUACAGCAACUGAAAUUUGUAUUACAAGACAUGGGGUCUGACAUUAUUCCUGAGGAGGAUGAUGAAAGAGGAGAGUUAUAUGAUGACGUUGAUCAUCCUCUACCAAUCAGCGGGUCACCAGCAAGCAGCCAGCCAAUAGAUGAUGAAAUUUAUGAAGAACUUCCAGAAGAGGAAGAGGACGGAGCUCCGGUGAAAGUGGAAGCACAAAGGAAGAUGAGUCAGGACAGUGCUCACCACACCACAGGAGAUAAAAGCACCGAUUACGCUAAUUUUUACCAGGGUUUGUGGGACUGCACAGGAGCUCUCUCUGAUGAAUUGUCCUUUAAACGUGGUGAUGUGAUUUACAUUCUUAGUAAGGAAUACAAUAGAUAUGGCUGGUGGGUAGGAGAAAUGAAGGGAGCCAUUGGCUUGGUGCCGAAAGCCUACAUAAUGGAGAUGUAUGAUAUUUGAGAGUCCUGGAAGGAAAAAUCAACAUUUUGCCUGAAGAAAAAAAUUAAGAUGCAACUUUCCCUUUCUGCCUGCAGAAAAGGAAGAUUCCUCUGCUAGUCUGCAAAUGCUUUGGACUGAGAAUCAUUGUGAAAGCAUGAGUGACAGCUCAUAACCUUUCUUUGCUUUGUUGAGCAUCAUUUGUCUUUGUUGUUUUAUGCAUUCAUUAUAAUAUUCCUCUGAUGUGAAAUUAAAUGAAGGAUAUUAAUGUAAAUUAGAUGCGAGCAAUAAAGUUUUACCUGUUGCUGUUUUUCAAAUAAUCAUAGUUUUUAUUCACUCAUUUGAUUUGUGUGAAGAAUUCAGCACUAUUUUAUAUGUAUCACAUAGUCAUUGCUACUUCUAGUAUGAGUUGUAAUUUCUCUUAAUACUGGAUUUCAGUUAUUUUUUAGAAUGUAAUGUAUAAUUUCAUAAAAAUUUCAAUUGAAUAUAUCAUUCAAGUUUUUGGUAGAUGCUAUCUAAAGAAUGUCGCUUUGUUAAAACUUUGUAGAUGAGUUAUCUUAGUAUUUAUUUUUCAAACAAUAGUUAACAUUUUUUCACGAAAGAAUUUUUACUGAUUGGUGAAUUUACUUUAUGUUAAAUAUAGCCACAAGAAAGAAAAAUGAUAGAAUUGCAAAUGGGAGUAUGGUGUCACCCUGUGCAACACACGUGCAGACCAGAACCAUGGUUUGUGCAAAGCCCUUUACCAAUAAUAAAUACCCUGGUUAUUUAAUGGGUUUGCCAACAUUUCCUACUGUAGUUUUCUUUAAAUUUAAUAAAACAAAAAAUUUAUGAGAGGCCCCAUUCUGCCACUAAUGUAAUGGCAUAAAGAACCUCAAUGUAUUCUCAAAGUCAGAGGGCAUAACGGAGUACUCUUACCCUGACUGAUCAUUACUAUGCUAUUAAAGUCCCAUCACAAAACAGUACAAGUCCAGAUUUGAGCCCGCGCUGCACUUCUCAAAGCAACUCAGAGGGGUGGGUGUAGAAAUCACAGCGGGAACAUGUACCAGCAGGUGAGUGGAAGGGUAGUGUUAGCCUGACGUUGGAGGUGUAUGUUGUACUCCAGAGCAAGGUUUGUGGAGUUACUACUUUUCCAUGUAUGUUUGAAAGCAGAGGUAUUUUAAAUGUCUACAAGGUACCAGUGGGGUAGAUAUACCAAAAUAUAGCGCUGAUUGGAUAAUUAUUUGAAAUAAAUAUAAUUUGCUAAUAUUGAAUCCUGGAUAGGAGGGUACUACUUUUGUUGAACUUUUCAGAUCUUUGCUUUAAAGAUAAAGAUUCUAACCAUGCAAAUGAGCUGAUAAUAUUUAAAAACCUCCAUUAUUUAUAAAAACUAUCCACAAGCAAUAUUUCAGAGUUUAUAUUUUAGUAUUAUCCCCUCCAUACUGUGAUUAUCCGAUUUCACAUGUAAAAAAUAUGCAUAUUAAUUUGGGGAAUGUAGGUAAAUUCCAGUUUAUAUAAAUUAGACACUGUCAAGUUAAAGCUUUUAGAAAUUAAUUUGUGCACUUGUUAAUUUUUUCCUAACAUAGAACCAUUGGAAUAGAUUGAAAUCAUUUUAGCAAAAGUGAGACCACUGGAGAUGAAUUUAGUGGAUUGGUUUUCAAAGCCUGAGAGACUGAAAAGUGAAAGCAGCUGUGGGUUCCACUGACCAUGUUGACUUCCUUGUGGACACAGGCCUUGUGCUCCUGGUCUAAGUGAAGAUUUUAGUCCUGAGCCAGUAGAUGGCAGCAGCUUUUCAUUGCAUAGGAACCCCCUUGGAAACCCCUCCCCCACUCAGGCACAGACUCACUCCACAUGUAAAGUACUUAGCAGAUUAUUGCCUCCUUUUACAGUUAAUCCAGGAGAGGGAGUCCUUUGCCAACGGAUGCCAGACAGUCUCUGUGAACGGUGACAAUACAGAAAAAAAAGUGUUAACUCUGUCCAGAGCUCCUCUGGCCUUUGUUCUUUUUUACUUGAAUGUAGGUGGGAGAUGAGAAAGGAAACAAAAAAUUUUUAAUCGGAAUGACAGGAAAAACAAUCAUUACUUUCAACUCGUGACUAUAUUCAUUUGGUGAAAUCAUUUGUAUACCAGGAGGGAGAAAGUUUUCUUUACACCCUUGACAAUAUAUCACACACUCUUCAAGAUCAUAAUAAUAGCAUUAAUGUGAAUUUAAACAACAUGGCUUGUUAGAAAAUGUGCUAAUUGCUAUGUUCUCAUUAUGUUUGCUUAGCUUUUAUUUGUUUUUCUAUGAACAGUUAGAGAGCUAAUUUUUUUCAAAGGUGAUUGUAAGUCAUAUUUUACAUAGCAUUUUGCUUGAUUAUUUGCUCUGUACUGAAUUUGUACUCUAUUGCCAUUAGAUCUUACAAUAAUGUUCCACUCUGCAAAUUUUUAAGGUUCAAAUAAAGUUUAAUUGUUUGCAAACUGUUAUGAUGCUAAUAAUUCAACAGCCUGCUGUGUUACUAAUGAAAUUACUUUGUUAUGAUUAAUUUGGAAAAUAGUGUGUUGAUUGUAGUAAUUAAGCACAACAAGGUGAAGUAAAUGAUUCUAAUGCCAUCUGGCCUCCAAACUGAAUGAAGAAAUGAAAUAGGGCUGUCAUCUGAAUUUAUUCAAAGAAGUAAGGAUAAUACAAAUUACUUUCAUUGCUAUAGGAUUUACACUUAACCACAGCUCACUCCAUUCUGUUUUUGCCACUUGGUUGUAUAUGACAAUUUCUUUUAUGAAAAAGAAUGUUGUUUAGCCUAGCAAUUAUUUUGAAUACUUUGUAUUAUUUUAAGUAGAUUAUUUUUAUCUUGUGCUAAUUUAAUUACAGAUAAUUAUAUAAAGUAUUAUGGGAUCAUAGAAAAUCACUUUUCAGCCAUCUGUAGGUAAAAUCUCUGUUAUAUGGAGGGUUUUUGCUAUUAGUGUUGAAUAUAGCCUUUCACAAAGAGUAGAGAUUCCAUUCAGUUGUUUCUAAAAUGCUUCUAGUCAAGACUCUCUCAAAGUUCUUAUGAUUCCAAUUUUCCUAUAAUUUCUCCAGUCUAACCUAUUGCUACUCACUUCAUAGAGUCUGGUGCCCCCCAGGGUCAUGAUUGAAAACAGAACCCAGAGCUGAGUUAUAUAUUAGAGAUCCAGAUUUGUAGUUUAGCCACUAUAAGAAAACUUACCCUAACAUACAUGUAGUUUAAAAUCUUGAACUUCAUCAGUGAGACUGAGUGAAGCAUUGUGAGAAUUUUUAAAACAGGCAAAGUACUUGUACAUUUCAUAUAAAUCAAUUGUUCAUAUUUCAAUUGUUGAAUGGAAUUACAAACAUAAACUGUAUAGAGGUCACUUUUACUUCUCUUGAGUUCAGUGGACUCAAGAAUGUUGAAAAGCAAUCCAUAUGGUAAAAAAGGAGGUGGUGGAGAUUAAAACAUGAUCAUACCAUAGAAAACACAGAUUCACUCAGAGCUUGAAGAGAUAUAAUUAUCACAUAAAAACAUUUGUUAAAAUGGCCUAGUUUGUUAGUAAAAUCCUGAGUGUUCCGAUAUUCAGAGAAACAAGUAGUAUAUUAUUAAAGUAUCUUUCUACAAACUUAACCUACACACAAAUGCAUAACUUAAUCAAUCCUCUGGAUUGGGAACAAGGAAUUUCUGGACAUCCUCAGCUUCAACCAACGUUACCAUCCACUGCCUUGUAGUUGAAUUUCUCUAGAAUAUUACUUAGAACCUCUAAUAGUGUAACAUCUUGCUUGUGAUGAGAUAAAUACUUAAAAAAUUAUUUUAUUUAUAAUUUUGUAACAUGAAAUGAUGUUUCAUUAAUGCUAUUUUCCAGGGUUUUUUUCUUGUUUUCCUUAGUAGAAUCUGCUCUAUCACUGCUUGAUCAGAAACAUGAUUUACUGCCAGCAUGGUACUUCAGAGUAUAGGUGUGUAUCCAGUAAAUAUUUAUUAAUUAACUGAUGUGGCAUCCCACAGUAUCUGAAAUUUAAGAAGAAAAGAGCUUGACUUCUCUAUACCUGGUAGAGAAAAUCCCUUUAUCAUUUAGUUCAUCAGCUUUCUGACUGACAGUGUUCUCUUUGUCAAAAAAAAAAAAAAAAAAAUUCAGUACCCUUUACUGAGUCUUUAAAAGCAGCUUCGUUGUCCUCAUAAUAACAUCAACACGUGGAUUGGAUUGUUGGUAACAGAAUUGAGUGAGAUUGUGAAUAACAGGAAAGUUGAAUGUGGCAGCCAGUCUUUAGAUGUUUCCUUGCUUCCUUUCCUGAGUUCAGUGUUGUCACUCUUUCAGAGAAGGCACAGGUGACUCAGGCAGCUUGGGGCAAGUGAUCUAGUUAUACUUCCAGUACAUCCCAAGUCACUGUUGCCCUGCAUUGCACCUGGGUAAUAACAGAGACGUCUUCUGAUCUUGGAAGCAUUCUAGCUGUCACUUUGGAUGAAUCAAAAAGGAGUAUCUGAAAGUGGAAAGUUUCACAGUUGUUGCCAGAUCCAACCUUAAUUCAAUUUUUGUCUUUUUUUAAAAACUUUCAUUUCCUAUUUCUUUAAAGUUGUAUGGUUAUGUUAACUUGAGUGCUUUGAAUCCCAAGAUGAAAGGAACCGUAAGUACAGAAAGUAGCUGUAGUCAUACCGUUGCUCAGCUUAGGUCUGUAAAGUUGGGAAAGGGGCUGAAGGUUGAGCAGUCAAAAACUUGUGAAUGUGUGCAAAGAUGUGAAAAUAGAAAUUGCCCCAAAAUCCCAUCUUGUAAGUGCAUUUCUUAAUGUUGGAACCUUGGAAAGUAUUUCCUUGGGUUUCUCUCUUUUCUGUUUUCACCAUUUUCUUUUUUAUUAUCCAUUACUCAGAGGGGUAAUAUAGAACAGCACUUGUCUGUUUUCUGUUUAUUGGCCUGAACUUUGUAAUAGAAAAAUAUCACUCCUGCUGGAGUAAAAGCAGGUGCCAUUUUGUGGCUCAAGCAGCAGUUGAGCUCUUGUUUGAGGAAAGCGUCACACGGGUGCUCUCAAAGGAGAAAAUUAAUGCCACCGUUGUAUGCCGAUGAAAAGUGACUGCUUUAGAGAAGGAGGAAAUUCCAACAAACAAGCAGAUUCCCAUAGGCUGUCUCCCCCUCCCAGCUUCCCUGGGAGUCCAUUUCAAAAACCUUGUGUUCUUUCACUGUCAUGUGAAAAUGGCAACAACAAUUUAACUAAGAUAGUAAUAGCGGUAACUAACAUUAACAAGUGUUUACUACUUGUUAUGCUUUGUACUUUUCAUCCAGUCCUUCCACAGCCCAAGGUCUGUUGUUUAUUCCCAUUUUCCUGAUUAGGAAACUGAGGUUAAAUAAUUUGUCCCAAGGUCCAGGAAUAAUAAGUUACCUAGCCUCCCUCCCUUGAAUUCAGUACCAUUUUGCUUCCCAGGACUGUAACGAAUUCAGACUAAAUACUUAAUUCUCUUCUUUGCAUAUAAUAGGCACUCAGUAAAAGCUUAUUGACCGCUGAUGAUGACACCAUUCUUAAAAAUAGUCUGGAGCAUAUGAAAAGGAUAGCUCAAGAAUUGACACCUGGACAGUGGGAAUUUGCCUCCUGCAGUCGUAAAGCAGGCCGUGGUGACUCUGCCAAAUCCAAAGCAGCUAAUCCACAGUGGAGGAGCAACUUUAAUACUGAAACACUUCUGUCUGUGAACUUCCAGUCUGGCUGAAAAUAGAAAGUCAGUCAAGGCAGCAGAGAGUCAAGAGACGACAUGGUGCCAAAGGGACCCUUUGUGAACAACACUUCCUAUUCUUUCCAUCUCCUCAAGCCAAGCCCAAGGACACAGACCAGGCAAGGAAGCCUUGGAGAGGACUUCAAAGCUGGAUGCUUCUGUCUCAAAGAGUUUUCAAUUAGUUGGUUUUUGGGGGUGGUGUUUAAAUGGAUAGAUUUAAAAAAAAAAAAAACAGUUUAAAGGAUUAUUAUUAAAUUGUUCAGCCCUUUACCAUCAUUAUAAAACUUGCGUAAUUUUGUGACUGAGUGAUGGCAAUGUCUGACUGAAGACUUUUUUUUUUUACUUGUUGAGAUAGGAAUUUGUUUAAGGAGAACUUUUAUUGGAAUAUCUGGCACUCGAGUAUGAGGUCUUAACUCCUUGGGCAUCUACAGUGGUGCCUUGUAUGGGGCUCCAUAACAUGAAAGUCUUCUGUUGUGUUUUUUGAACAAAAAAUUUUUUAAGUUUUUAUACCUCAGUGGUGGGAGGCUGGUCGGGGUGGGGCAGGAAGAGAAAAGUAAGAACUAAUAUUCACUAGAGCCCUCUGGGAUUUAGCCAGAGGAGGGGUAAGGUUGGGUCCUCUUGUGGUCUAAAGUGUGCUCUGAAGUAUUGGCCAUUUUAUAGCCCAAAAGAAGAAGGUGCACCGAGGGUCAGUUUCCAAGGAGUAUUUAAUUCUGUAGACUCUACAGGGUACUCUACAGUGUACCCUGUACAGGGUAGAAUACUCUGAAAGGUUUCCAUGCCUGGCACUUAGAAUACUAUGCUUCUAAAGGACAGGGAGUGCAUGACUUCAUAUUGCCCUGAUCUCCAGCUGCCCACCAAGUAGAUUUCAUUCGUAUAAAAUAACCUGUCCCAUCCAGAUGGAUACACGACUCAUUCCUAAUUCCCUGUUCAAGCACUUGUGGUCUGUGGAGUCUCCAUCACUCCCUGCUUCCAUCGCCUUCCACCACUUUCCCCCUCCUCCUGCUUUCCCAAGGAGUUAAGUCAUGUGAGGCAUAAGGCAGAUAAUUCUUAUCCCUCUAUGAAAUUAUCAAUAUCAGUCAUGGUCUCUGUUUUCUGUGAACCCAGCAAAAGCAAGGUAUGUAACCAUGUGUUUAUCCCGUUACAUGCACCCUGAAUUGAAAAACUGAAAUCGCUAUCUUGUGAGUGUGCGUUGGUAUCUAUCUGUUGCUUUGCUUCAGUCGGUCAGCAUAUUUGCUUUAUUCUUUAUUACUGUCUCAGGGCUUGCUAUUUCUCUUCCUAUCUAAUUAAAUGAGUCCAUUUUGAAUAAUUACAUUUAAGUGCCAAGAGUGUGCUGCGGCAUUUCAAACAUAGAAUUCGACACAGUCUUUCCCAAGCAGACUUAUAGUCUAAGUGACACAGACGGGACGUAAACUCAGCAAAGGAACAGCCCCAGGUAGCCUCCCCUUUGUGCGAUUCUUAGCAAGUUCAAUCAUUAGCAGUGUCCCAAAGCAUAAAAGAAAACGUUCUUUGAUUUUCUUACCUCUGAACCUAGGCGGCUACCUUGGAAACAAACUGGGGAUGCUUUCUCAUAUAUGUAUCUUUUAAUGUGCAAGGGAAGGCAGGUGCAAGGGUUUCAGUGUUGGUUCAGAUGAAAAGACUGAUUUUUAGAAAAUCUCCGAAAUGCUUGUAGCUACUGAAUUGUGAGGGGAAGGAAAGAGCUGUGUGUGUAUGUAAUGUGAACAUCUUUUAUAGAGUUGCUGCCAAUUACAAUAAAACAUAAUUCUGGAAGCCGGAGGGCCCAUAUCCCUUUAGGGAAAAGGACUCUUUUUCUUCAGUUGGGAACAGAGUGUACCAGUGGUGUUCAGCUGAGAGUGAGUAGUAGGAAGACCACUGGAAUCCGAGUCAAUCAAAAUUCUAGUUUCGGUUCUCCAGCACUUCGUGCCCUAGAAUAAGUUUCCUCGCCUGCAAAAUACCAGCAGACUUGUUCUCUCUACCUCACAGGGUGUAGUUAUUCUCAAGUGAGAUUAUAUUUGAAGGUGCCUUAAAAACCCAACAACGGUGUAAAUAUGGCUUUUCUGCAUUGGAGGAUAUGAGAACUGAAAUGAAACGUGGGUCAAAAUAAAAAUUUCGCCUUCAACCAAAAGCAAGCAAGGGGAAAAAAUUUUUAAUGCUCAGUACUAGCUGUAAUGCUGCUUGGAGUAAUGUUAGUGAGCUGUUGGUUUUGUUAUUUUCUAAUGAGAAUUAAUGUCAGACAUCCUAGAGGAGUUUGAGAUUAAAUUCCUCUAUAAUCUUAAAUACAUUUUUGAAUCAAGCGAUUGGUUUUCAAGCUAUGGUCACUUUCUGUUAAUGGAGAUUUCAGUAACAGAGAUGUUACUUCUGUCUGUAAAUUUUCAAAAGAAACUUUUGAUAUUUAAAACCAUCCAUCUGAAUAAUAGGCUUUAGGUAAGUGUUGUUUGUAGUUGGUUGGAUUUAGAGAAUUUUUUUUUAACAGACACCUUAAGGAGAAUGUUUGUACAGGCUCCCUUCGACCAAUAUCUGCUCCGUCUAUGAACUGUUUCUUCCACAUGGGUGUCUGUGAUUGUUUGCAUGUGAAUACACACUUUGUAGUUAAACAUUUUCUUCAGAUGCAUAUCUAAGAAUGAGACAGUUUUAUUUGAUUGAAUUAGCCUUGUAAUUUAGCACUAAUCUCCGUUUGUAGUUUGUGAAAAUACGGAACUUAGAAAUAAGGGCAAACCAGAACCUCAUUACGUGUAACCUUAAUGCUUUAAUGUUAUAACUUUAGGCAAAGCUAAUAAAAAAUGCAAAGGACUCUUAAAUAAUUUAAAUUAUCUAAAAAAAUUGAGCAUAUUCCUUCAAAUAAUAAUGGCUUUCGUGAUCUGAUUUUUUAAAAAUUCAUUUCUCAUGUCUUGAAUUACUUAGAAGUGUGGAUAUCAGAGUAAGUUUGAGUUUAUUUAAGAUUAUUAAAUAUAUUUGUUAUCAUAUAGCAUCACGGAAGUUUCCAUUAUUUAGCCUAGCAAUUACCAUCUUUAAUGUUAUGCUGUAUAUAUAAUUCCAGUAGCAUAUUUGAUAGUCAUUAUGGUAUAGAGUUAAUUUUUAGCAAUUCUCUUUAAAAUAGUGCUCUGUGAUGUGAUUCCUUGAUUAUUUUGAGCCAUUAAUCAAUUCCAUUCACUUAAAAACAUAGUCCUAUUGCAUACCACUUGUUUCCUAAAAUAAAAGUUUCUCUUGCCAUCUUAAACUUUACUGGAAAAUUAUUGCUUUCUUAAUGUAUUUUCAUUGCUAUACUCUUUUGGUAAAGGAAAGUGGUAGUGGGGAAUACGGUACACUGUGGUAACUGUGAUUAAAGAUCAGUCCAUUCCUAAAACUCUCCCCCCUCUUCCUAAAUGACAGGAGAGAAUUUUGAGUUCUAAGCAUACCAUCCUUUGCUUCCUCUGGUGCUGUGGUUUAUAGCAAUAAAUACUCUAUAUUGAUUACUACUUAAUUCUAAUGGAAGUAUACUAAGGCUGGAAACAUAUUAUAGCUUAGCAUUUAGUGCCUUAAUUUUUAAACAGUUUUAAAAUUUUAAAAAUUGAUGUAAUUGCCCUGAAUAUGCUUCUAUUAUUGGAUCCAUACCAUGCUAUAAAAAAUAUUCUCUUUUCAUAUCUUUUCUAAAGAUUAUUUUGUUCACAAUGUAUUUUUCCUGGCACGUCAUUGCUAUUUUUACAUAACUGAAAAUCUGUCAUUUCCAUUUUAGCUCAGUUUGGAAAUAUGAAAACCAUAUCAGAGCAACACAUUAAAGAUUAGUAUGGAAGGACAAAAAAUUAAUGGAACAGAGCCAUGUAGAGAUUUUAAAUUUAGUCAAAUUAUUCAAGGGUGCAAUUUUAGUCCAUUAAUCUGGUUUGAGACUGCUUAAGAGAAAUAUUUCUCUCUAAAUGAGAUUUUUCUCUUUCAAAACAUAUUGAGAAGUCUCACCUAAAACAAACACUAGUUUUUUUAAUUUUGUUUGUUUUUUGAGGUUUGUUUUUUUGAAAAGAGUGAAGCAAGAGCUUUCCUAAUACUCUGCUAUAAUUUAUUCUUAGUCAAAAACAGGUUGCCAUUUACACACUAGAUAUUAAAAGCUAGUUACAGCCAUUAAAGGUGGUCUAAUGCUGUGUAGUAAGAUAUUCAACACAAGAUUUAUUUUUAAGCUAUUUUGGGGCCAGGAGGGAAGUUGUUUUCCUUAUGAAGCAGUUUCUGUAUUUUCCUUUAUUAUUUGUAGUUUUUUUGGUAAAUGUAAAACAGAGAAGGGGAGAAUGGGAGCUGGUUGUUUCUUUGAAUCCUAAUACAGUCUGUCUUGUUAAUGAACCUGCUGCAGUGCCCAGAAAACAGCUCCCUGCAAAUAAACAUGCUAGAAGUGAUUUAGCCACAAUGUCCAGACUGUGUAAACAUCUAAUUAUUACAAUAAAAUUGUCAAUAAAUUUACAUUACUGCUCCCUUUUCAAACGUUAACCAACUUUUU